AGUGUACGUCACAGAGUGGGAGGAGCCAGCAGCAGCAGAGUUUCACUCAGGUUACUGUCAUUUCGAACAGAAGCAGAGGGUGUGACCGACAUUUACCUGCCCAAUCUUACCUGUCUGACCCUCAUCCUGGCUCAUCUUGCCGGUCGUCCGGACGUUAAACACUGGCUUCAUUCAAGAGCAAAGCGGAGAAGGCGUUAAAGGAUGCAAAGAAGGUCCUGACUCGUGGCUCCAACAUGAGUGUGACGUCAUGGUUCCUGGUCAGCAGCUCUGGCACCCGCCACAGGUUGCCCCGGGAGAUGAUCUUUGUGGGUCGUGAUGACUGCGAACUAAUGCUGCAGAGUCGGAGCGUGGACAAACAGCAUGCUGUGAUCAACUACGACCAAAAAUCAGACGAGCACAUGGUGAAGGACCUGGGCAGUUUGAACGGGACGUUUGUCAAUGAUCUGAGAAUCCCCGACCAGACGUACAUCACCCUGAAGCUCUCAGAUGUGGUCCGCUUCGGUUAUGAUGCUCAUGUUUACACCCUGGAGAGGAGUCAACACAAGGUCCCAGAGGAGGCUCUUAAACAUGAGAAGUACACCAGCCAAUUACAGCUCGGUGUCAAAACCCAGGAGCCAAAGACCAGAGAAAAACAGGAGCAGCUGCAGAGUUCAGAGAAAAGCAAAGACUCCCUGUCCAGCAUCAAACUGCAGGACAGGUCUGAGCGAAAAGCCCACUCACUGACGGCAUCAACAGAUUCUCCAAUAUCCAAGCCCACUCCUCUCUACGGCCAGCCUUCGUGGUGGGGGGAGGACGAGGAUUCAGCCAGCACGAACCACAGCGGCCUUGGAAAAUCAGCACAUCAGGAAUCUCCAGAAUACAGUCAUGAGACUUCCAAAUACGAGGUCAGCGGCUCCCUGUCCGACAGUCAAGCCAAGUCCAUCUUCUCGUACCGCCGGGAGCCCAGUUACUUUGAGAUUCCAACGAAGGAGUUUCAGCAUCGAUCUCCCAAGAAGACAGAAUCACAAUCUCAAGUCCACGAGGUUCCAACAAAGGACACCUCGGAUGUCACCGAGUGUGUCCCCUCCACCCCGACGCCUCCGGUGGUCCAGAGUCACGCCUCCUUCACCAUCGAGUUUGAUGAAUGCACACCAGGGAAAAUGAAAAUCAAGGACCACGUCACUAAGUUUUCCUUCCGCCAGCAGCGAAAGCCGCCCCCAACCGAGGUCGCCACCACACCCACAGAAGUGAUGUCAGUGCAAAGCAAAGUUGCUGAUUGGCUGGUCCAGAGCAAUGCCAGUAUGAUGAGGAGAAGGUCACAGUCUGAAGACGUGUACAGCACCAUGAGUGACCCGUCCGGUUUAAAGACCAGCAGGGCAAAUGAAGAAUGUACCCACAAGGACUCGGUUGAUUCAUCAAUCAACGGGAAUGUUUACCAUCAAUCUGAACUUCAGGUAUCUCCACAACAGCUGAGAAACCUUACUUCACAACGGCUGACCUCUCUGAUCUCCAAAGAGCCUUCACCUGACCCUCCCGAAGAGGCACAAGGUCUGUCCACCGUUGACAAGGUGGAGCCCAACAAGGCCUUUGUCAUUGAAUUCUUUGAAGACAAUCCCAGAAAGAAACACACUCAGACUUUGAACAGUACCACCACCACACCUGAGUCUUCAGCCCUCAACGCUCAGCUGGAGAAGACAAAGAGAAGUCCGACCUCCGCCGUUCCCCCUACGCAAAAAUACACCAUUCCCCUGAAGGGCGAGAGUGCGUCCCCUGGUCCUCAAAGAGCUGGCUCGUUACGUAGGGAGAAGACGCAGGAACAUAUCAACACAAGCUUUUCCUCUCGCUCUUCAGCCUCUGUAAAGCCCUUUGGGAGUGUGGGUCGAAGAUCCAAGUUUACCCAGGAAUAUGCAGCAGAGUUUCUCAAACAGAAAUGGGAAACCUCUUCAGCCAGCCUGGAGAAGAAAACAAACUUGUCUACUACAGUAAAAUCGGAGGUUGUGUUGGAAUGCCAGUCCAGUCCACCUCCACCUUCUGUCCCUUACCAGCCCUUGACUUCUUCUCCAGUUCACAAACCCAUCCCCUUCAAGGCUCCUGUGAUGCCCCUGGUUUCUCAUGACCCUGAAGUGCAGAGCCCUGUCCCCAGCUCCAGGUGUGAGGAGGAGGACAGUCUGAGUGAUGCUGGAACUUACACUAUUGAAGCAGAUGUUCAAGAUAAAGAGCUGGAGGAGGCGAGGUUCAAGAUUGACCAGGUCUUUGGUGUUUUUGAACGCCUUGGGCGAUCUGACCAGACUGAAGCAGAAACCUCAUCAGCAUUUAGACCUGUUAUUGUUCAGGGCAGAGGUCAGCCUAGGCAGAGUAACAGUGGUCAGGUGAGGCCAGCUGCAGAGCAGGGACAGUCUGUGGUGGAGCUGGAAUCAGAUGCAGUUUUACAGGGCGCCCCCAAGUGGAUGUCUUGCUGGGCCAGCUUAGCAGAUGGCCUCACAGAAGGUAGUUCCUUGUCUGGUACCUUUGACAUGUCAGCCCAGAUGGACCUUUCAGGAGCAGCACGGGCCACAGUUACCCACAAGGCCUCACUCAGCGGAAAAAACGACAGUGCGGACUCAAGGGUGAGACGCAUCCUCCCCCAGGUACCAGUGGUGGACAAGAGUGACAUCACAGCUCCCAGUAUUCAUGUGCAGUGUGACCCACAUUCAACGUUUAACGUAGAGAGGAAAAGCUCUGUGACAGGUCCAUCUCCGGACGGCGUCCACCGGCUGUCAGUGCAGGACGACGUAGAGCCUGACAGCUUGAGUGACGCUAGCAAAUCUGAUGAUGGCUCUAUCAUUGAGCAGCGGAGUAAGGCAGUGACUGCUACGAAAGAUGAUAACCACAGACUUUCAGCCAAAUCAACAUCGUUCUACAUCGAGUCCGACAAGUCGCAGUCUAAGACUGAAAGCGGAGUUUUAAAAUCCAGUUCUCGUAGAGAUGAGAAAAACGCUAGUAAGACUUUCUCAACAGCCACUCUGACCAAACUGAAAGGUAACGAAGACUCUGGAAAAAUAAAACCCAGUGCUUCUGCUCCUGUCCUGGGUGAUAGAACCAAGAACCCAGAGUACAAAGAGGCUGCAGUCCCGUUAAUCAGACAGGAGAGCUUCACCACGGAGCGACCCAGCAACCCCAGGUUGCCCAAUAUCUCCAGCCAGCCUGCUGAGAAGGACCCAGAAGUAGAACUAUUCCAGAAAUCUUCAAGUCAAGACACUCACUCCUACCUUAAGGAGACCGAGGAUGUUUUGGCGGUUCUGGAGGCCAAAAUCCAAGCGGGUCAAUCAGGAACCAGUCCGUCUCCAGUGAUGGACUCUCCCUCUGCGGAGUCCGAUGUGGAUACGUCCAGCACAGUCAGCCAACGUAGCAAUAAAGUCAAGCCAAACAUCUUGACAAAAAGACCCUCUGUCGGUGGGCUCCGCAGGGAAAGGUCUUCAGCCAGUAUAACAAGUCAGGACUCAAACCCUCAUUCCACGUUUUUGGAAAGGCCCCGUUCUCAGGGCGCCGACAGCACCAAUAAGACUGAUACUGUCAGGAGGCCAGUUGGACUAAAACGCAGUGUUGGGAAGUGCGGUUCCACAGAUCUGAGCGAUGACCCUCACGGUUUACUCUACUCUGAUCAGGAGUCCAACACCUACCAAACCCACAAGAGAUACACAGUGCCUCUUCAGAAGGAGGACGGCCGGCCCUCCAGAGUGUCCCAGGCUCUGAACCGUGCCAACAGCUUGUCAGCUCCACGACCCACCAGGGCGUCCAUGCUGCGUCGUGCUCGCCUGGGAGAAGCUUCAGACAACGAGGGCACCGAGACUGACAGGCUGUCCCAGGACGUGGCCGGGGUCUCGGCUAAGCAGCCCCAGGAACCUAAGAAGCUGUCCAGGCUGGAUUUGCUGGCAAUGCCUCGUAAGAGGACAAGUUCAUUCAACACACCCAGUGACACUGAGUCCUAUUCAGCCCCACUGGGGGCAGGCAAGAGCACCGGAUUCUCCAACCGCAGCACAGAGUCGGGUGGCAGCUCCAAUAGAAAAGCCUCCGUCGCUGGUCCCAAAACUGGAGAGAGGCCACAGAAGGCAGCGCUGAACAAGACACCUGUGACUCGGGGACGAUCAAGCAGCGCAAAAUACACCAGCAGCACAGCAAGCUCCAGGAGGCGGCAGAAAGGCUCUGACUAUAUCUCUACCUCAGACGAAGAGUACGACUCAAACCAGACCACUGCUAAACCCAAACGCUCCCAACCUUCCCCAGCUUCCCACAGCUCACGUAACCCGGCUCGAGCCCAGCCGGUGGUCGUCCUGCAUCCAAAACCCCGCGGCAGAGACUCUGAGGACGAGAGCCACGGGAAGGGCGCCUUCCCUAACUGGUCUAGUCACAGUGCUGAGAUUGCACGGUUAAGUCAAGACCUUGCUAAAGAUUUGGCUAUUCUGGCCAGAGAGAUCCAUGACGUGGCUGGUGAUGGAGGUGAUGGAGGUGAUGGAGGUGAUGGUGGUCCACAGAUCCCCGCAGCAGAAAACCCUGCUUUAGACUCCACACUGACGUCUCAUGAACAGUCUGUGCAGCGUAGUCCAGAAUUGGUUUUAGAUCACCAAAGAGUUCUGGCAAAUCCCACAAGAGAACCUGAGCAGGGCUCACGUGAGCAGGAACAGAACCGCAAACAGCAAGUUCAGAGCAGUGACGAGGUCGCUGUGGACGAUGUGAUGCUGAACCCAGUGACCCAGAUCAUCACAGUCAUCAGAGAAAACACGGAACAACUUUCUGACAAAAUAAAGGUUCUGUUCCAGAACAGGGAGGAUAUCUGGGAACAAAUGGAGGCAAAUAUUCAUUUGGACACCGACGUCCCUGCUGUCAAGACGUCCAACAAGGAAAUCAUUACCAUCCUGAAAGAACUAAGGAGAGUUCAGCGCCAACUAGAGGUCAUAAAUACAGUGGUGGAACCAAGUUGUCAGUUUGAAACAUCCAAGGCCUCGGCUCCUUUCAUCUCCUCCUCCGCCUCCUCGUCUGGAGUCCGCCCCUCCAGACCUCCUCCUUCUCAGGACUGGAGGACGGUUCACCCGGGGUCAAAACCAGGGGCUGGCUUGAGGCUCGGCGACGGUGCGAGGAGAGCGGCGGCGGCGCCCGAUGAUCUCAGAAAGGCACGGUUGGUCUGAGGUCUGAUCCAGAACUUCUGCUGCACACACGUGUUCAAACUAUGGCACCACAGAAUGUAACCAGAGGAGAAGUGAGAGCAGAUCGACUGAACCACCUGCACCCUCACACAGACCCAGACGCACGCACUUGUUCUAUUCCUGCACUACAAACACAAACUGUGACGCACGGUGACGCCUGUGCUGUUGUUGCUUUUUUUGGGGGGGCCCAGUGUUGAAGUGACAAUUUGAGGAAGUUCUAAAUGGUUCCCUUUGAUAAGCUACAAAACAAAAUACACGGUCGUCUGUUAGCGAAUAUUUAAAAUAUCAACUGAAAUGACACCAAUAAUUUCACAGAUCUGCGGACUGUAGUGUGAGUCCAUCCUUCUUCACCAGUGUGUAUUUUGUUCACUCACUGACCGCGUCCAAUCGAAUGACCUUGUACUUGUUGCCAAGUUAAAGGUGAAAAACUGUGAGGAAUGUGUUUCUAAAUCAAAAGUCACGGCCGAGUCCACAAACCGACCGACACAAAUGGAUCACGCCAUCAAACACGGCGAGCCCACUUUGGACCAUCUCUGCUGCUUCUGUGAAGUGUCUUCAUCUAUCAGGUACAACUGGGAACUUCUUCCUUUGAGCUUCGUUCCGUCUUGUCUUUCCAGUCUGAAGAGCUUAUUAAAAACAUCCAGGUCCGACAGCCAUACAUUUGUAAAUUUUGAAGUUUCUUCUCCGUGUGUAUUUUCCAAUCGCAAAAACAAAGACAAAACACAGGGUUUUCAGUGAAACCAACAAACUGACAAAAUACUUAAAAAAAAUAGAAAAAGUCUGGGAUAUUUUUGGUCUUCUCCCAGAGGGAACAGUUCCAUAUUUCUGUACAUAGUUUUAAAUGUUAAUGAAAAGAAAAAUAAAUCAUUAGUUUUUUGGGUUGUUUUUUUUUUGCCAUUUUGUAAAUGCAGUUCUAAAGCUACCUACAGUAUGUGUUCUACAAAUUACCUCUCACUCUCGUGUUUUUUGCACCGCUCUAGUAAAGCAACACCCAUCGGCCUGACUCGCUGCCAAGAUUAUAAUCCCUCCCUCUGCUCUGAUAGAUUGUAAUCUUUUCCGAUGAGUCGGAGGACAAUGAAAAUGAGGAAGUAAAAGUGAUUUAUUUCCCUCUUCUUUCAGUCCAGAGUGUCUGUGAUUGUUUUUGGAAAGUUCCUAAAAGUGCCACAGAACUGUGUGUAUGGAUCAGGUUUCACACGAACCUCAGGGGGUUGUUUACGAGCACAUUUGAAACUGAAUGUUUUUCUUGAUCACUGUACUGCUAGUCCUUGUUUUGUCUGUUGAGCUAAAGUUCAUCUUAAAUCUCUUCUUCUCUGCUGAAUGGUUUGCCUGUAAUCGUAUUUUGCUGAUAUUUAUGUUUGAUUAUUUAUAUAAUUUGUUUAGAUGGUGAUUGUUUUUUUUUUUAUUUUCUAAUAAAUUUCAUAAGCAACA